AUGACAAUGAACAUUUACGUUGCUCAAGAUAUUGAUAGUAAUGAUGUACUGCAAGUUGCAGUGAGGGCAGACAACAGCGUGUCGUACGAAACAAUAAAAGCAAUUUUUCCGGGUGCAACUAUUUUAAAAUAUAAAGAUCCAAAUACAAAUGUUUGGACUUGUGUCGAACUUGUGAACGACAAUUUUAAACCUCCUCAUGAUGGCACAUGGCAUUCGGAUAUAAUAUACGUUCCAGUUUUUCCAGCACCUGCUCCAUCAAUACCAAUACAAGCUGCUUCAUCAAUACCAAUACAAGCUGCUCCAUCAAUACCAAUACCAGAUGCUUCAUCAACACCAACACCAUCUGUAUCGAUUUGUGCCAAGACUUUUCCCUUUGUUAAAAUCAAUCUUUUAAUGGUGGUUGCAAUGAGUCUGGUUUCUAUGAUAAUAGGUACUCUCCAAGACUUCAUAAAGUGGCACUUUGCAGAUAAAGCAACAUGGUUGCCAUGGGUGGUCCGUGGUGCGACAAUUGGUAUCUUAGCACUGGUCCUCAACAUGAUUUUAUUAUACUUGUGGUGUAAAAAACGUUAA